AGCAGCAAAGACGGGACCGUUCGACUCGUUGCGAUCGAAAGUCGACUAAGUGUGUGGAAACAUUGUUACUCUCGCUUAUCAUUCUGUGAAAAUCGCGCAAGCUUUUGGAGUUCCGAUCUUGGCUUGCGGACUGGCAACUUGAUGCCUGCAGGGAGCUCUGCUCGGUGAUCUGCCUUGCCUUGAAGUUGAGCCAACCUCCGAAAGCUCUGAAUAUGAGUAGAGAUCCGUUAGCGCUUCCCGAUCGAUGGCUUCACUGCCCAAAAAUUGGUUCUAUCGUCGAGGACAUCUUCGUUCCUUUCAAAACGCCGCUUGACGAACGCUUCGGCGUCAAUAUCCCGAGUGACGGGCUCCGCUGGGAACCGAAAGACGUUUUUAGCUUCAGCAAGCUGCGUAAGCUCGAGAUCGGCGCUGUUGUCGAUCUCACCAAUUCGGCGAGGUACUACAAGCCGGAUUCUUUCGCACGAAACAAUAUCCACGUGGAGAAAAUCGCUUGCCGGGGUCACGAUGAGAGCCCCGACGAGGAGGCCACCGCCAGGUUCAUCGACUUUUGCUCGAAGUUCCGAGCGUCGAACCCCCACAGGAGGAUCGGGGUUCAUUGCACACACGGUUUCAACCGCACAGGCUUCCUUAUAUGCGCCUACCUAGUCGAACACGAGAAUUGGGACGUGAGGGCGGCCGUGGCUGUCUUCGCAAAAGCUCGAAAACCCGGAAUUUACAAACAGGACUACAUGGAUGACCUUAUCAAACGAUAUGGGGAUCCCGACGAGGAAGAGGAGCCGAUCGAGGCCCCGCCUCGCCCUCUGUGGGAAGCCGGCAACGAUGGUGCCGUCACAUCCGCGUCCAAAGCCUUCAUGGAGGGUAUUCCCGGCGUGAGCUUUCUCGAUGACGAUUCGAAAACGAGUCAAGUGCAAGACUUGACGGCAAAGCUCUGUGGAUACAAACGUCAGGGUUUCCCCGGCAGUCAGCCCGUCUCGUUGAGUCGCUCAAAUAUGUGUAAACUAGCAGAGGCAGAAUACAGGGUGAGCUGGAAGGCGGACGGGACCCGCUAUCUCAUGCUUAUCGAUGGCCCGGACGAUAUAUAUUUUUUGGACCGGGACAACGCUGUAUUCAAGGUCAACGGGCUGAGAUUCCCGCAGCGGAAAGACAUAGAGAGUCAUUUGUACAAAACCGUCUUGGACGGAGAGAUGGUUCUGGAUCUGGACGGCGACAGGAAAGUUCCUCGCUACCUCAUCUAUGACAUCGUGCACAUCGGAAAGGAUGCAGUUGGCCAAAUGCCGUUCGACAUACGCAUGAACUGCAUUUUCAAGGAGAUCAUCGAGCCGCGUCGGGAGGCCGCUCUCAGAGGCGUCAUAAACAUGGCGGAGGAGCCGUUCGCUCUGCGCAAGAAAGAAUUCUAUGAAAUUGAAAUGACAGAGAAAAUUCUCGCUGAAAAAUUCCAGUCGCAGGUUUCGCACGAAAUCGACGGCGUCAUAUUCCAACCAGUGAAGCUGCCGUAUAUUUCCGGUCGCUGCGCGGAAAUACUCAAAUGGAAACCACCGCAUCUGAAUUCGAUAGAUUUCAAAUUGAAAAUCGAAAAGCAGGGCUGCUCCGAAGGCAUGCUACCCAAGACGAUCGGUGCUUUGUAUGUAGCAAACCACGGAGGUCCGUUGUCCUACCUCGAGAAGGUCACGCCCGAAGCCAGAGCUCUAGAUGGGAAAAUUGUCGAAUGCAAAUUCAAGGGGAAGGGUUGGGUGAUCAUGCGGGAACGAACCGACAAAUCUUUCCCGAACGGCUACAAGACAGCUGUGGGCGUCUGGGAUUCAAUCAAAUACCCCAUCAACCAGGCGGAUCUUCUGCAAUUCAUUCGCAUGAGGGCGAGGGGAUCGAAACGGAAAGCCGACGGGGACUUCCGGGCCCCGCCACCAGUCAAACAGAAACCUUGAGCAGAGCCAUGGUGUCAAAGACCGCAAAUCGCUAAUUAAUUGUAAAUCUCUGUAUCUGAAACGAUGUUGUUUUCUAAAAAUAAAGUGAUGUUGUAGCU